AUGGGACGCUCACUUUGGUAUUCUCAUUUGUGUGUUUUGUAUGGAUGCCUUUGCAUGUUUGAAGGUACAUUUCAAUCGGAACUUGGAAAUUUUCAGAAUGAUGUUUUGAUGAUGGAAGAAUAUGGGGUGAAAGAUUCUUGGACCAAAUUGUUCACUAUUAGAGGGACCUUGGUGCCCAUCACACCUAGUAUCUCCUCUCACAAUGUUUUGGUCUUCAGCUGGCACAACGUAUUAUAUACAUACGACUUAAAAAAGAAGGGUUUCACUAGAACCAAACGUCCUCCUCCUGACCUACUGAAGAUUAAGAGCGUUUUGAGUGGCGAAGGUCACAACAAAAGACCAGUUUCCCUAAAGAUGCAUAUUGGUCCUUUUAUGUACACAGAAAGUUUGGCAUUCGUUGAUUUGAUAUGA